AUGAAUAAAGCCAAAGUUGCAUUGAUCCAAUUGCUUGGGUCUCAAGCUAACAAGAAUGCCAAUUUGGAACGAGCUCAAGUGUUGAUCAAACAAGCUCUUUUGCAACAACCUGAUACAAAACUUGUUGUACUGCCUGAAUGUUUUAAUUCUCCAUAUGAUGUUUUAAAAUUUCAAGAAUAUAGUGAAGUGAUUACUCCGCGGAAUGAGAGUGUAACUACCAAAUUUUUAUCCGGGAUUGCUCAAAGAUAUCGGAUAACAUUAAUCGGGGGAACAAUCCCUGAAUACGAUCCUCAGGAUGGGAAAUUAUACAACACAUGUAUUGUAUAUGAUGAACGGGGCCAACUGAUUGGUAAACAUCGUAAAAUGCAUUUGUUUGAUAUCAAUAUCCCUAAUGGAAUUGAGUUUCAAGAAUCUAAAACUUUAAGUUUUGGCAACGCAAUUACUACAGUGGAGAAUAGUUCAAGCGAUUGUAAGAUAUUAAACAAGUUCGGCAUAGGUAUAUGCUAUGAUAUGAGAUUCCCCGAGUUGGCGAUGAUCAAUAGCAGAAGAGGUGCCAAAUUGAUGGUGUAUCCAAGUGCCUUUAAUACUGUUACUGGCCCGUUACAUUGGGAUAUCUUAGCCAAAUCAAGAGCCAUUGAUAAUCAAAUAUAUAUAAUCUUAUGUUCACCAGCAAGAGAUAAAUCGAAUCCCAAGAAUUAUCAAGCAUACGGACAUUCCAUAGUUGUCGACCCCAAUGGGAAAGUCGUGUCAGAGGCAGGUGAAGAUGAAGAGAUCGUCUUUGCUGAAUUGGAUGUUGAUUUGAUCGAAGUUGUGAGACAGAGUAUUCCAAUUACACGUCAAAGAAGGUUUGAUGUAUACCCUGAUGUGAGUGAUUUACAUGGGCAAAAGUAA